AGAAAAAGACCAAAAAAAUUUUGUCCUUUCAAACUGGAUCAUCCUUGAAAGUAAAAACACUUAGAAGACUAACAAUUCUCUUUCUUUUUGAGACCUUUUCCUCGAUUUUCGAGCAAAACCCUGAUAAAACUUUAGAUACUUUAAUGGGUUUUGAUUUUCACACUCAUCAACUAAUUUUCCGGUUUGUUUGGGUUGUUGGGUUUGAUUAUAUCCAAAUAGCUCUAACCCAGAAACAGGAAAUCAGUGGUGACUGGUGAGGAUGAUGGCAAUGACAACAAGCAGUAACAAAUGGAAAUUAACCACAUUCCCAUCUUUGACCACCAACACAACAAGGAAGAGAAUGGAAAGAGUUAGGGUUUUUUCAGUGCAAAAUUCAAAGACAGCAAAUUUAUCUGCUGCAACAAGGCGAAGAAUUAUUUUGCCAAUUAGUGAAGAUGGGUACAGAAUUGCUGAAUUUCUAAGUCACCCAUCUGGGAUUGAAGCUUUGUUAAAUUCAAAGUCACUGGAAAGUUACGAAUGGAUAGAAUCCAAUACAUAUAGGUGCAUUCUGCCAAAGUUUCAACUGCUAAACAUUGAAGCAGCCCCUGUUAUGGACUUGAGAGUUAUCCCAACAGAACAGGAUUGUACCGUUGAGAUGGUUUCUUGCAAGUUUCAAGGUUCAGUUCUCAUGGAGAGCCAAAAUGAACAUUUUUCAGCUUUCAUGACGAAUCGUGUGACGUGGAACACAACCGAUUCUUCUGAACCAUUCGUAGAGGCUGAUGUGAAUAUCGAUUUUACAGUCGAGCUUUACUCUGCACCAUUUACUUAUCUGCCAAUAUCUGCUGUCGAAGGUCCCGGAAAUUUCAUGUCACAGAAUGAUGCAGGCUUUAGUGGAUAGACUUGUAAAUUUGCUUCUGCAGCAAAUAAUGCAAGAUUAUGAUAAAUGGGCAAAUGAACAAUGCAAAAAUGUUUCUUGAAUUUUCUCUCCUCCUCUUUGCAUGCUCAGGUGGAACCAUUGAUUUGGAGCUAACAAGAAGAGCAACGGACAUUAUGUCCAUUCAAGUUUAAGGGAGUACACACAAUUAAACAAUUGGUCAUUUAUUAGAGCAAAAUUUCCUCUCAACUUCUAAUUGCUUUUAUACCAACACUGGCAUUAACAUAAAUUUCUUGUUAGUUACCCUGAAAUAUUGUCAAAUGGCAUGAAUAAGGUGUAAAGGGUCCUCAUGGUAGCAGUAGAAGUGUUGUAUCACAAAGUAAAUAAUUUGAUUUAAUGAGUUAUUUAUUCAUAUUAUUAUUGAAGUGGAA